AGACUCCCUGGAAGAUCCGGAUUUGACGCCCCGCCUCUGGGAUGCGGAGCCCGAUUUCGGAUUCCAGGGGGAAUCUGGAGCGCGCAGAGGACCGCAGCUUUGCAGCGCCAGCCUGUGAGCGCUUAACUCGCGCACAAUCCCAUUGAAAUCCAAUGGGGCUCACUACCCAGUAGGGAUGCGUGGGGUUUGCAUCCCGCCGGCCUCAUCCUGUGCCUGUUUCCUCCGAAGGAAGCAGACAGCGCUGACUGCCGUUCACAUUCAGACAACCGUGCCGCAAGUUUUCCUCGGAAGGAAGCUCCACCGAGUUCAAGAUUGAGGUUUACUCCUAAGAAAAGGGUGCGCAGGGUCGCUGCAUGCUUUACGCGGAAAUUAGUGGGAUUUCCCAAGAAAAUGUGCGGGGUGGGUGAGUUCCAGUUUAGCAGCCGGGAUCCGUGUCUCACCGGAAGCAAAGCAUGCUUCCCGGAGCAACAACGCAGGCUUUACUCGGUAGCAAGCUCCGCUGCACCCAGAAAGCGUGUGUUGAACCACAGCCUAAAAUAGUUGUUUUAAAAUUGUACAUGUUGUGUUUUAAUUGUUGUGACCCGCCCCUGGACCUUAGGACGAAAGGCGGGUAGUGCUAAAUAAGUAAAUAGCAAUAAUAUUCGGAUCGAGGAGGUGGGGAAAGGAAACAAGCUCUUACCAGAUCGGACCCACGUGGAGACAAGGAAAUUCACUGCUUGUUCUACACGCGGAGCGCCUGGGGAGUAACACUCCCUAGUAUCAUGGAGAGUGGGAUCAAAAGAGUGAACACUUCCUUGCAGGUUGUCCCCCCACCCCCGCAAGCAGAAAGCUAGCACAGUAAGGAGAAGUGCUAGUUUUUAAAAAAACUUGUAGGGAGUUUUUUUACUGGAGGUGAAAACUUACUGGGUGGGGGGAGGCAUCCUUCUUCAGCUGAAAUGCGAAGUGGUCCACUCCAGUCUGUGUCGACCAAACCUACAAUCGGUGGCGGGCAAACAAGCAAUGCAAAUUAUUAUAUUUUAUUUGUUUUUAAAAAUAUAAACCGCUAACUAAAAGAACCACGGGGUUGUACAAUCAAAUAAUCAGAACAUCAUAAAAUUGUAAAAUACACCACCUCUCCACUACAAAUCUCUGAUGCUGUGCUAGGCAAAUCUGGGGUGAGUAAAUGAACGUGAUCAUCAGGAAUUGCCAUGACAGAGAUGGCACCGAUUGUGUGUCUUUCAAGGCAGCCUGUUAUCACAGGUGUAGGAUCAGGAUGCAAUUCUCCCACCUCACCCCGCCUUUUCUUUUAAUGCCUUUUAAUAUGCCAUUAGUAACCUUUAUAUUAAACUUGGCCAUGGCUGAGCAGUCUGAUGAAUCAGGCAAUCUCGUUUAGCAGGCUACUUGCUCUGAUGAAAAUGUCAUCAGGAAACAGAUCCCUGAUUUACCUUUUUUGCAGCAGGAAGUAUAAGCAAGGAGCUGUGCAGAGCUAAAGAGAAACUACACCUGUAUUUUAAAUGCAGUUUUAAUUCUCAGAGAAACAGCAAAGACCUGUCUCUGACCCAGCCUUUAUGAUGAGAAUGUUUUCAGUUAGCCAAACAAAUCCUGCUGUCUUUCUUCGCUGAAACUUAACCUCCAUAAUAAUGCAGGUAAUUUUUUCAAAACAUUUUUGCUGCAUAUUUUCCAGUUCUUAUAGCUAUUAUUUGUAGGGUUUUUGACUAGUGGCUGAAACCUUCAUAGAGCAGAUGUUUUGUCCUGCACUGUGUAGGGUUUGGAUGAACUACCCAUUAUUAAUGUUUGUAUGGAUGUGAUUAUUUGCUAACUGCAAUUAUAUAUACUGCCUGUUUCUCCAAUGCAUUCAAGGCAGCUUACAGUUUUAAAUAACGGCUGCAGUCUGAUACAUCAUGUGGUGCUAAAAGGAAUGGGGAGGAAAGAAGGAAAUGGGCAAGCCUUGUUAAAAUAGCAGGUGUGGCUGCAGCUGGUACUUGAAUCAGCUAAAGGAGCAAGAGAGAGAGAGGGUCUCUGCCCCAAGACACUAACAGCAUGAGAGGCGAGAGACAGGCCUCUGCUUCCCAAAACUAACAUGCUAUUUAAAAUAGUUAAAGGAGCCAGAAAGGGUGUGAGGCAGCUUCCUAUGUUUCUGUGAUGGUGGAAAGUGCAGCCAAGAAACAUUCUCACAAACCAUUAUUUAGCAUUACUGUGGUAUAGUGUCGGAUUAAGACCUGCGAGACCAGGGUUCAAAUCCCUGCUUACCCAUAAAGGUGAUUUUGGGACCAGUCACUGCCUCUCAGCCUAACCUGCCUCACAGGGGAUUAAAUGAAGUGGGAGAGAACUAUGUGCGCUAACUUGAGCUCCUUGGAGGAAAAAAGGUGAGAUAUAAAUGCAGCAAAUAAAUAAUAGUGAUUCAUUUUGAAAUUCCUGUCUAUAAGUACCGUAUUUUUCGCACCAUAGGACGCACCGGACAAUAGGACGCACCUUGUUUUAGAGGGGGGAGAACAAGAAAAAAAAAUUCUCCCCCUCUCUGCCCAGCGCCCCUUCAGCGAAGCGGCAGGAGGCGCUGUGCAGAGAGAGGGAGAAUUUCCCCCCUCUUGUUUUCCCGCUCUAAAACAAGGUGCUGUUUAAGGUGCGUUCAGGCGGCUACCUUGAAAUCCUGGAGAGCGAGAGGGGUCGGUGCACACCGACGUAACAUUCUUUGCAAUUUUAACAUACUGUAUUUUUCACUCUAUAGGACGCACUUUUUCCCCUUCAAAAAUGAAGAGGAAAUGUGUGUGCGUCCUAUGGAGUGAAGACGCCAUAGCCCCGUGACCCUCUCCCGGCCGGAGAGGUGACGCACGGCUAUAGAGGCUCCUGCCGUAGCUGCGUGUCACCUCUCCAGCCGGGAGAGGGUCGCGAGGGUUUUCUUUAGCCCCGCACGCGCUCUCCUGGCUGGAGAGGUGACGCGCGGCUAUAGAGGCUCCUGCCAUAGCUGCGUGUCACCUCUCCAGCCGGGAGAGGGUCGCGGGGCUAUGGCGUCUUCGCUCCAUAGGACGCACAUAACAUUUCCCCUUCAUUUUUGAAGGGGAAAAAGUGCGUCCUAUAGAGCGAAAAAUACGGUAUGUUAAAAUUGCAAAGAAUGUUACGUCUCUGGAACUAAAUUUCAUUUAUGUUCUUUUAAGCUCUGUUCAGAAUUUGAUUUAUGUUUUUAAGUUGUGUGCUUCUGUGGUUAAAAUCCAUGUUAAAACAAGGAAGGAAAAAACUAACUAAAUGUCUGAAGGCUAUGUUCUACUUCCAUGGUUAGAAGUGGCAUACUUUUGAAUACCAGUUGCUGAGGGAUCACACAAAUGGGGAGAGCCCUGUUACAUUCAGGUCCUCCUUGCAGGCUUCCCCAGAGGGACAUCUUGUUGGCUGCUGUGAGAACAGAAUAUCGGACUAGAUGAGCCUUUGGCCUGAUCUAACUACAGUGCUCUUCUUACUUUCUUAACCCGCCUUGUCCUGAAGGCUUGCCAUCUCCAGGAGAAGGUGAGCAAAGAGCCUCGAAAUGGCCAGUCAGUAAGGUUUGCUGGCUUACAGCUUUUUAUCAAGGGCAAUCCUGAGCUGUAAUUAAGCUAGUCCUUGCAGACUAUUGCAGUGCUGAAAGACAAAUUUGCCUUCUUGCAGGGCUAAGAGGCGAGGGUGUGGUGAGCUCUUGCCUUUUAAGCUCCCUCUUCAGAGAUGCCUUUCCCUGACAAGCUGCAGCUUGUCUCAUCCAAAGAUGUGUAUUGCAAAAAUGUUUCUAGGGAAAAAAUGAAGGUGGCAGUCGAUUGUAGGAGGCCUCAAGAAAAAGAAGAGGAGCAAAGGUGAUUAGACAGAAUUUGGCGAGAGGCAUUCACUAGUGGAAGAAUACUACGUGGGAGUAAGAACAUAAGAAAGAACAGCUCUGCUGGAUCAGGCCAGUGAACCACCUAGUCCAGCAUCCUGUUUGCACAGUGGUCAACCAGAUGCCCCUAUGGGAAUCUCACAAGCAGGACAUGAGCGUAACAACUCUUCCUACUUGUGAUUCCUUAGCAACUGGUAUUCAGAGGCAUACUGCCUCCCACAGUGGAGUGAGAGCAUAGCCGUUGUGGCUAGUAGCCUCCAUGAACAUGUAUGUGAGUAAGCCCCAUUGAGUUCAGCUGUGCUUGCUGUCAAGUAGAGGGUGUAUAGCAGGGUGUCUGCCACACAUCUGGCUACUCCUAUUGUAAGGCUGUUGUCAUGCUGGAGUUCCUGUGGCUGGCUGUUGGCAGCCAAGCAAACUGCAGUGUGAUGACACCCUCACAGUUUUAUUAUAUAGCAAAAAGGCCCCACACACUUUGACAUGUGGUCGUUGCAGGGUUGACUGAUUCAGUGUGACUCUCGGACCAAAAAAGUGUAGCAAUCUAAAAGAUAGGAUGACAACCUUAGAGUGUUUCAAUCUUCUUGCCCUUACCUCCUCUCUCUCCUACAACUGAAAUUUGAGAAUAUAAAAUAUUUGGGGCCCUCCAGACUAAUGGCGUUGGUUGUUUUUUUUCCAGAGGUAUUUUGCAACGUGUUAUUCACACUGACUAGAAAUGAAGCAACGUGUCUGCCCUGAAACUUUCACAAGUGUAGACAGUAUUGAAAGCGGGACUGCGUAUAACCACCCUGAUAGCAUCAUGAGCAUAAAUUACCAUGAAUGCUCAAGAAGAAGGACACCUGGAGGGGCCCUUGUGUCUUACAAUUCCCUGUAAACCUGAAAUUGAGGGUGCUGUGUAAAUUUAUGUGAAUAAUUUCACUGCAAUAAUUUUACUAGUGGCAGUUGCUAAGAAUGUUGGCUCUGACUUGUUAAAAAGAAAUAAAAUAUCCUCUUCAGGUGUUUGCCUUGGAAGUCCGAAUAAGAGCUAGUGCAUGUUGGGUUCCUAUGGUAUGUGGUUCCUAGGAAAGCUCUUUUAAUUGAUUGCAAGUGUGUUUUGCAACUGCUUGUAAAAGUAGCAGUUAAAAAAUAAUGUGGGCUGCUUGCUGCCUGAAAACUUGUAGUCAUGCACAGAGAAAGUGACUUCAGCACAGAAUUUUUUUUAUUUCUAUCCUGCCCACUGGUUUAAAAAGUCUACUGGACCAACUUGAUUCACCAAGGUGAGGAUUUACCUUGGGGUGGAUGCAGUUAUCCACUCUUGAUUUUUGUUCAGUUUGCUUGCUGCUAACUUGAUUUCUUCUUUCUUUUUUUUAGUGACUUACAAUAGCAGAAAAAAUGUCGCAAAAGCAAAAAGAAGAAUUUAUAAGUAAUUUGAAUGGAACUACCUUGCUGGAGAUCUCCAUUGGCUUACCCCUAGCGUCAUUAUGCCUCCUUUCCAGAGGGCUUCUGCUGAUCUUUUAUUUUCUCUGCUAUGGAAAACCACUACAGUCAAUGGUUGGCCAUUUUCUUCUAGACUUCACCAUCUUAGUUGUCCCGCCAGUGCUCUCUUGUACAAUUUUGGCCCCUGUCCUACCUUGGGUAAUGCUCUCCAUCACCGUAUUCUGUGUCAGCUUGGUUUUGAUCAUAUACAGUCGGAGAACCAAUUAUGUGAGAGUGCCGCCUAAGCAAAUCAUAAGCGAUUUCUUGAGGACAAGCUUGGAACCAGAGUACAUACCUUCGAUAACAGUGUUCCGAGUCUUUGUCAAUGUCUUGACAUCCAUCAGCAUUCUGGCUGUAGAUUUUCCACAGUACCCUCGGAGGUAUGCCAAAACAGAGACCUAUGGAACAGGGGUAAUGGAUUUUGGAGUGGGAUCAUUUGUUUUUGGGAACGCUGUGGUUUGUCCAGAAGUCCGACUGAAGCCUGGCACGGCACAGCACAAAGUCUCUUAUCUUGCCAGGCAGUUCUUUGCUGUGUGGCCUUUGCUGCUUCUUGGCUUUGGGCGGGUGAUGAGCAUCAAGGCCAUUGACUAUUACGAACAUGUCUCGGAAUACGGUGUGCACUGGAACUUUUUCUUCACUUUAGCUGUUGUACGGAUGGCUGCGUCAUUGCUUUUGGCUGUCUUCCCCGUGCGCAGAGCAUGGUUAAUUGCAGCAACACUUGCUGUAGUCUAUGAAGGCUUCCUCAGCUUCUCACCUUUGAAGAUGUUCAUCUUGCAUGGGAGCGAUGGCCAAGAUUCACGGGAUGGGUUUUUCAAUGCCAACAGAGAGGGCAUAUUUUCUGUCAUCGGCUACCUAGCUGUUUACAUGGCUAGCGUGCAAGUAGGCUUAUAUUUGUUAAAGAAGAGGAGCUUGGUGAGAGAUUGGCUUGGCGUGAUCGGCUCUUUCCUGAUUGCAGUUUUCCUCCUCUUUAUCUGCCUUCAUGUAACGCAAACUCACAUAGACGCUGUAUCCCGACGGAUGGCAAACCUCUCCUUUUGCGUGUGGGUCAUCGCUCACGGCCUGUUACUCUUUAGUUGCUUUUUGGUGGCUGAUCUUGUGCUGGUGUUUGGAAAGUUUCUGGUGGCUGGGGCUAGCAUUCCUUGCAGCUGGAAUUUCAUGCAGCCAGCAGCGGCAAGUAAAAAGCACGACCUGGAGCUCCAGGAUAGGAAAACAGUGCCUCGGAGUGUGUGCAUGAUCAGCGCUGUGAAUAAGAAUCAGCUCCUGUAUUUCUUACUAGCGAAUGUCUUGACUGGCUUCGUGAAUAUGGUGGUUGACACGAUUCACAGCAAUGCAUUCUGGGCUAUGUUUGUCCUGCAUCUAUAUAUGUUUACAAACUGUUUGGUUAUGUAUUUAUUGCAAGCAAGAAAUAUAAUCUUAAAGUGGUGGUAAUUUUAUAAGUAUAUAUAAAGUUGUAACCAAAAAGAAAAGGUUUUGCCUGCUGGGAUUGCACUGGAUUUUAUAAGACUUUUGCAUGCAUGCUGGUAUACUGGAUUAUCUAAAGGAAGGAAUGUGGACUACAGUUGUUUUAAACUCAUGGUCACUUUCAUCGAAUGAACUAAUACAUUUCCAUACGUCUGUAGCAUCGGGACCAAAGCUCAAGCUGGAGCCAGAGCCAAUGGCAGGCAGAGCCACCUCAUUCUUGUCCUCCUCCUCCCUACUGUGUUCUAUAAGGGGCAACAAUGAGACUAAGGAGAGGCAGGAAGCUUACAGCCAGGGCCAUCCCCUGGGCUAGUUGUAAGAAGGAAGGCAGGGCAGGUGGGGGCUGUUUGAGGGAAAACUGAGGUUGGUCACUUUUGCAGACCAGACAUUAAGCUUAUUUGUCCCUUUGUCACAUUGGGAUUCCUGUGCAGGGUACCCUUCUCUCCUGCAGUGGGUCUGCACACACUGAAUGCCUAACAUGCUAAGAAGUGGUACUGAGGCAGAGGGCACUUUGUGCUUGAUGAAGGUUUACAGCAUGUGAAUGGAUCCCUCCAGACUGGUAUUUUUGCAGAUGUAUUCUGCAAUAUGUCUUUGACACAAUAAUAGUGCAUUCAUGGUGGAUUUAUACUGGACUGUCCAGACAUCAUUCCGCUUUACUAGUUGUUCUGAGAUGCUUCCCCAAUCAGUGUUGCUGCGUUAUUGUCACCUGGAGGGGCACUAUUGUGCAAUAAAAUCAGAACUAAAAAAAACCCCCAAAAUAUUUGUGGCAUUAAAAGUAGCAAUCUUUCAGCAGGAAGCUAUGGGGACAUGCACCAAUUGGAAAUAAAGCAGUAUGUCUGCCAUUUAAGUGCAAAAAGAAUUGAAAGUGAGAUCAUGUAGAACUGCUCCAAUAACAUAAUGACCACAAAUCAGGAAUGCAAUUCAUAAAUGCAUGAUAAAAGGAUGCCUAGAUGGACUAUAAGUCCUUCCACACAGCUGCAUUCACCUAUGUUAAUUUAAAAUGUGUUUGUGUUCAAAUGCAAUGGGCAAUUCAAUCAAAUAUAUUUUCCAAAAAACCUAAAACUUACAAUGAGGAGUGUCGGAAUCAUUUCUCAUAAAAAAGACAAAUGAAUUUAACUGGAGGCUGUGUGUGAGAGAGAACUGAAAGAGCUCAAAAUAAUCGGAGGUGUAUGUUGGAUUGAGUCAACACAAAGGUGAUUAUAAUUUGCAAAUAAAAUGCAUCAAAGCCUCCAAGCAAAUAAAAUAUCUAUAUUUAAGAUGA